AUGGAUGGUGAACCACCGCAUGGACAAGAGGCAGUCUACGUGAAGCCCCACCUUUUAGCCAUUUUGCCUGAAUUCUUGGGGAGGAGCUACGACAAUACAUACGAAUUCCUGCAUGAAUUUUGCAAAAUCUGCAGGGUUCAGAAGAGGCCCACUGGAUCAAGUGAGGAUGACUUUAGGCUGAAAGCCCUUCCCCUUUCUCUUAAAGAGGAGACAAAUACUUGGUUCUGGAGGCUACCAUCCAAUUCUAUCAUAACAUGGUCCGAUUUCAAGAGGAUGUUUUUGGAGGAAUUCUUUUCAGUAGCUAAGACAAAUGCGCUCUGGAGGGAAACCCAAGGAGUUACACAAGGGUGUGAUGAGAGUUUGAGUAAGUAUUGGUCAAGAUACAUAGGUUUGUUAGACGCAUGCCUAAACCACCAUAUGUUGGAAGUGGAAAUUUACUCCAAAUUCUAUGAGGGGAUGAAUAAGGAGAGCAAAGACCUGGUGAACUUAUCGAGUGGAAGAAGUUUUGCCAAACUACGGGUUAGUGUGGCCAAGAGAAUUAUGGGAAGACUUCUUUACGCGAAAAGGGGCUACAACGAUCCACAAGUUUUCCUGCUCUGGAAAGAUAUGGUGAAAGCUGCAACGGAGGGAAAUGACAAUCAAUUGGAGAGUCGGGUUGACAAGCUUGAGAAUGCACUUUUGCCGGCAAUUGAGAAGAAUGAACCGCAAGCUCCCCCAGUCAGGGCCAACACGGCAAUUGACCAAGUGGAUCAUUACCCAAAUACGACUGGACUUUGGAAUGCAAAUAGGAGCUUAAAUCCUGGAAGGCAGGGAAACGUACCUUGGAGAGAACACUCGAACUACAGAUGGGAAGAGGGAAAUCCUGACCUACCUCAUCCGAGCUGGUUAAGAAGAAACCAACCUGAUCCGUACCCACCAAAUCCAUAUCAAAAUGCCACCUAUGUGCCCCCUUAUCAAAUUGGAUACCAAAGAUACCAACACCACUUACCCCAGCAUUACAAAAAUUCCCCAGGUUAUAAUCCCAACCAGUUCAAUCAUUAUCCUUCAUACCAAAAUCAACCCAGCCAGUCUUGGAAUCAUAACUGUGAAGACUACCUCCCAAAAUGGUCAAGGCGGAACCACCAAAACUAG